GUAGGCCUGUGACCCACACGUUAAUCACUUUCCCGACACACUCGCAACAACAACACAUUCCUUUACAAUAAAAAUAUAUAAAAAAUAAAAAAUAAAAAAAAAAACUUGUAUUAUUCAUAAUCCCACAAUGAAUCGCAUUGACCUUACCAUGGACGAUAUGGCCAACACCAAGUUCCUCACGAUGUACAGUGGCCUGAUCAAGACCAUGAGCACCUCCUCGGGCUUCUCCUACAACGAGGUGCUCUGCCUGCUGAUCGUGUUCUACAAGUACGCCCUCAACAACAAUGCCCGGGUGAUGUCCUCCCAUCAGCUCUACAACUUGUUCCUCGUCAUCUUUGGGAUAGUCGACGUGAGCAUCAUCGACCGCAUUUCGAUGAACAUCACGCAGGACGGCCGCUCCAUUUCCCCCGAGUCCUGGAUGAGGCUGUUCUCCGUGUUUUUCACCGGAAAUUUGCAGGAACGAAUUAAAUUUGCAUAUAAUGUGUAUACAAGCGGUGGUACGUUGGUCUUAAAUCGUGAGGUGGUCGGCUUGGCUAUUGAAAAGUUCUUCAGCGGCGACGACGACGACGAGGUCAACGAACUCCGGGCGGAUAUGUGCGAAUUUUUAUUCCGAAAAUUUGACAAUGAUAAAGAUGGCGUUAUAAGCUAUGAGGAAUACUCCGAAACGGUUCAAAAUCAGCCAGAACUUUUGGAGUUUUUAGGAAAGGUCUUCCCCGACAACAAUAACAAAACAUUGGUCGCCUAUAUCCAUAACUUGGAGUCGUGCUUCCCGCCAGAAAGGGAUCUUUAAAUAAAAUACUUUUUUUUGUGGAAAA